CCGCCACAACGACAGAGCGUGGUACGAGUAAUUGCAUUUGAAUGGACGUGAGGUGCUUGAAUUAGCAAAACUAGUUGAUUAGUGUCGGUUUGCGCGAGGUUAUCGAAAUAUAACAGUGCCGAGUCGUUCCACGGUGCCCGAUGGUGACAGUUUGAAACAAUGGAGAUCGCUCAAAAGCUAAAUUUCGACGCCUGCGAUAUCGAGGAUGAGGAACUGAACAUCAGCUGUCGCACGAACAGUUCGGGUUGUGAUGUUGACGACGUGUUGAAUUCCUCGGCAGAUGAUUUCGAAUGCUCACCUUUUCAUCAACCCAGGAAACUCUCCUUCAGUGCCGCAAUGGAAUGCGGCGAUACUGACUCGAUACCGAAAACUCCAACGAUCGCAGUAACAGGUUCUAACGGAGUCAAAAUACCUUCUCGAGAAGGAGGACCUCCAUCACGAAUGGCACUGGCUAGCAGUCCACCUUACAAGCGUGUUAGAGCACUACGGUUAUUAGAUUCACCUGCCACACCAAAAACUCUGAUAGAAAAAAGUAUCAACCAUACUCCACUGCCUUCGAGAUGCACUAGGCUUUUUCACCUGGAGAAACCAAGAGCAGUGGCUUCAUGUUAUCCGACAAAGUCUGAUAAACCAACAGCUAACGUUAACCCUUUCACACCUAAUGGAAUGUUACUCACUGCCAGAAAGAGAACUCGGUCCAAGCGUAGUCUUAAUGGCUCUCCCGACAUCCGAAUUCCCAAGUUUGAUCUGGUUGAUUCAGAGGACUCGGACAAUGAAGUAGAACAACCAACGAAGCGUGUUGCGCUCCAUGAGUCAAACAUAUCUAGGUACCACCAAGAGUUCCAUGAACUCGAACUAAUCGGCAUCGGGGAGUUUGGUUCUGUAUACAAAUGUAUCAAUAGACUAGAUGGUUGCAUCUAUGCAGUAAAGAAGAGUAUUAAACCUGUAGCUGGAAGUGUUAACGAAAAGAAUGCUCUGAACGAAGUAUACGCGCAUGCCGUACUUGGCAAGCAUCAGCACGUAGUGCGCUACUAUUCUGCAUGGGCUGAAGAUAACCACAUGAUUAUUCAAAACGAGUACUGCAACGGCGGGAGUUUGGCUGAUGCCAUUUCCAACCUUCCGGCAGAUAAGAGGCACUUGUCGGAAGCUGAAAUGCGCCAACUUUUGUUGCAUGUUGCAGAAGGCCUCAGAUAUAUACAUUCUAUGCAAUUAGUUCACAUGGAUAUCAAGCCUGGAAAUAUUUUUAUUUCAAAAGAAAAAAGGCUACAUGCCGUUAACUAUGAUUCUGCUGAUGACGGGUUUGAUGAGGAAGAGACCGUCGAAGAAGAAAUAACUUAUAAAAUUGGAGAUCUGGGUCACGUCACUUCGAUUAGUAACCCUCAAGUUGAAGAAGGCGACUGCAGAUAUCUUCCAGCAGAGAUUCUUCAUGAAGACUUUACUCAUUUACCUAAGGCUGAUAUUUUUGCAUUGGGUUUAACAGUUUAUGAAGCUGGAGGCGGGGGUGCUUUACCUAAAAACGGUCCUGAUUGGCAUGAAAUUAGGAAUGGAAACCUCAAGGAGCUACCACAUUAUAGUAGAGAUCUUAACGAAUUAUUAAAGUUGAUGAUUCAUCCGAAACCAGAGAUGCGGCCAUCUGCAGUAUCUUUAAUUCAAAACAGAGUUUUGUGCCCAUUCGGGAAUAAGACCAAGGCUCAAUUACGGCGGGAACUAAAUGCUGAGAAACUUAAGAAUGAAAUCCUGAUGAAGCAACUUCAAGAAGCUGCUAAGUGCCUGAAAACUAUUGCACCCAAUAUGGGUGCUAUCAAUCUCUCUACAAAUUUUGGGGGAUAUAGAUUGAGGCCGACAACAACCAGAACCUCUUCACGGGCAAUUGGCAAAAAGGUUAACCGUAGUAAUAGUACGACAAAUUUUUGAUAAUUAUUCAUGAGAGAAAAGUCAAUGCAAGCUUAAAGCAGGCAUGGCAUCAAAUGGUGCCUCGAUAUUGUGAUAUCCAAGUAACUUUAGUAAGUAAGUGAUAAUAAAAUGAAUUUUUAACCCAAGAUAAUUAGUAUGCAGAGUUGAAAUCAUAAUGUGCCACUAACUAAGGACGAAUAUAUUGCUUGUCAGAAUUAAUCACUUCAAUGUCAAGGAUUUAUUUAUAAUAAAAAUAAUUUGAACAGGUCAGACUGUAUUUUAUAUUCUAUAAUUUUCAACUUUGCACCUUGAACGUUCUCCUCUUGUUGUCGAUGUUACCUCCAAGGUCUCAACAAAAUACAUCCAAUUUGUUCAACUUUAUUCUAUACAUGUAUAUCAAGUAAAAUGGAAUAAUUUCGUGAAAUAUAUAUUUCUUUAUUUUUCUCAGCAGGCCGAGGUACAGAGUUAAACGAACAUUGAAUGAAUUUAUGUCUUUGGCAAUGCUGCGUCCUUAUAUUCCUAACUCCUUUUAACUCGCGACAUUUGACUCUGCAUACGAUGUUGCAACGUAAUAAAUAUACUCAAAAAACAGUUUGUUGAUUGAGUUACCCAGGAACGAGAGUAUUUUCUUUUCUAAAUUAUUUUGUCAAUUUUUUUUUAUAAGUGCACUUUUCAGCAUGCGUUGAAUAUCGUAUCAUAAAUAUACAUAUAUAUAUAUAGAAAUAUAUAAAUAUUAUAUGAAGUAAAUAAUACGUUAAUGUAAUUAGGAGGCAGAAUAUUUUUUCCCAUUUUCUAGUUAAGUUUGGAAUGGUGAAUGCGAAGUUUACGCUUUCUGCUUAUUUAUAAUGUAAGUCAUUUUUUCAGAGAAAAGUAAUCCAGUUAAAUUGUCCAGUAACAGUUUUAUCCCAGUUUUGAAUUACCUGGGAAAAACGGAAAUUUAUACAACGUAUCUAGACAAUGAA